AUGAAAGACUUGGGGAAGCUGAAAUUUUUCUUAGGGAUUGAAGUAGCCAGAAACUCGAAUGGUAUUUUCUUGUGUCAACGUAAGUAUGCGUUGGAUGUAAUUUCAAAAGUUGGAUUACUGGGUUGCAAGCCGGCUAAAACUCCUCUUGAACAAAAUCACAAGCUGGCCCUUACCGAGAGUGAUGAUGUGGAUGACCCUGCUCAGUAUAGGCGUCUGGUGGGAUGGCUUAUUUAUCUAACAAUAACUCGGCUCGAUUUGUCUUAUUGUGUGCAUAUUUUUGCUCAGUUCAUGCAACAACCGAAGAAAGCUCAUUGGGAGGCAGCUGUUAGAGUUGUGCAUUAUUUGAAAGGAAAUCCAGGUCAGGGUAUACUACUGCAUGCCAAUUGUGAUUCUGAUUGGGCUAGCUGUCCUUUGACGAGACGGUCUUUGACCAGUUAUUUUGUUCUUUUGGGUGAAUCCCCUAUCUCGUGGAAGACUAAAAAGCAACAGACAGUGUCUCGCUCAUCCGCUGAAACUGAAUAUCGAUCUAUGAGUACUACAACUUGUGAACUUAAAUGUCAGGCAGCUCUGCAUAUAGCUGCUAAUCCUGUCUAUCAUGAACGUACCAAGCAUAUUAAAGUGGACUGUCAUUUUAUCCGUAAUGAGAUAUUGAAUGGUAACAUUCGAACAGAUUAUGUACGUAGUUCAAUGCAACCUGCGGAUAUCUUCACAAAGGCAUUGGGAAAGGAUCAGUUUGACUUUCUUCUUCGCAAGUUGGGCAUUCGAUAUAUCCAUGCUCCAACUUGA